AUGGUACGUGACGAAACUGAUAUCCUAGAGAUACUAGGCCUAUCUAGUACUGAUUUCUCUAAACUAAAAUAUCGAAAAGAUGAAGCUAAAAAGUUCCGUAACAAGGUGGGAAAACUUCAGUUUCUACAAGGAAAAAGCGAAGUAUCCAUUCAAGAAGAUGACGAUACGAACAUAAAAGAAAAGGGUAAAAGUAAUUCACUCCAUGGUUUGUGCCGUAGCAAUUCAAGCUCAAAUUUUAUCAACGAAAUAAAACGCUUGAUCGACCUCGGGUACAACGUGAAUGAUAAGGACAAGGACGGAAAAAGCCCGCUCCAUUAUUUGUGCCAGUACAAUUCAAGCCCACAUUUUGUCGAUGCAAUUCAACUCUUAUUCCAACACGGCAUUGACGUGAACGCAGAAAGUGACAAUGAAAAGAAUGCGCUCCAUUAUUUGUGUCAGUACAAUUCAAGCCCACGCUUAAUCGAUGCCAUCCAACUUUUCGUCCAACACGGCAUCGACGUGAACGCAAAAGACAAUUACGAAAAGAAUGCGCUCCACUAUUUGUGUGAAAACAAUUCAAGCCCACACUUAAUCGAUGCAAUUCAACUCUUGGUACAACUCGGCUUUGACGUGAACGCAAAGAGCAAGUACGGAAUGAAUGCGCUCCAUUAUUUGUGCCAGUACAAUUCAAGCCCAAAAUUAAUCGACGCAAUCCAACUCUUGGUCGAAAUCGGAAUCGACGUGAAAGAAAAGGACAAGGACGGAAGGAACUCGCUCCAUCAUUUGUGUCAGUACAAUUCAAGCUGGCAUUUAAUCGAUGCAAUGUAUCUUUUAGUCAAACUCGGUAUCGACGUGAAAGAAAAGGACAAGGACGGAUGGAACCCGCUCCAUUAUUUGUGUCGGUACAAUUCCAGUUCAGACUUAAGGGGCGCAAUUCAAAUCUUAAUCCAACAUGGAAUUAAUGUGGAAGAAAAAACCAAUGAUGGAUGGAACGCUCUGCAUUUUUCGUGUCAAAACAAUUCAAACUCAAACUUACUUGAAAUACUUUCAAUUUUAAUCGAAAAAGGCGUGGACAUCAACGAAAAAACCAACCGUGGUGAAAAUGCAAUCGAUAUCUUAGUCAAGAACGAGAUUGAUGAAAAUCUAAAAUCAAACGUCCUAAAAUUUCUAAUUCGACAUGGGAUUCGAGUGCACCUCGACAAUACAGUCAGUCCAAAUGUGAAUCAAUACGUUUUCAAAGAAAACGAUAAUUAUGAUGGAAGGUUUUUAAACCUACUGACAAAGAAAGAAAUCCGUUUGGGAUGGCAUGAGCAAUGUGAAAAUUGCAAUCAAAUACUGUCAAUUGAGAGAAAUCCCCGAGUACGAUUGCAGCACCACCACAUGUUUGGCAACUGUUACAGAGUAUUUCACUUUCUCUUGAAACAUUUAGAAACAUGGGCGAAAUCAAACCAAGAAUCAGGGGAAUCAGAGAUGGAUAUGCGCAACCCAGCAGAGUGGCUGCGCAAAAAAGCAGAACAAUAUCAUCAAAGUGAAAACGAAAUAACAUACAAAGAAAACUUGGAAGUAAUGGCGGAGGUCAGUGAGCAAGUAAAAAAAGGGAGCAACUCGCGGGAUUUUAACUGUGACAACUAUGAACGCUAUUUGAGAUCCAUGUACUCGAUUGCGGAGAUGAUCGACUCCAACGAGUCAAUGGGACAAAUCAAAUGGUUUUAUCUUUUACCUUUUGAUUUUCCCAUGGAUUACGAAAAUGAGAAAGAUUCAGAAAUCAAACGAGCGAAAAUUGAAUGGGACAAGACGCUUUUCAGCUGGGCGCACAGCGAAACUGACACAUGUUACGGCACGUUUAUGAAAGAAGAUGCCAACGAGGGAUUUUUCCUGCCGAAACAGUUCAAGCACAAGUGUCAUGGUGAGCUCUAAUGAUACUAUGUUGAUGUCAAUCAACAUAAGGAAUAAUUCAAAUUCCGACAAUAGCGUUCUUUUACGUCAAAAAUGCGUUAUUGUUUUAUCGUAGAACUUGAUGGCAAAUUACAAGAACAUUAAGCGUCAACUCCUUAAGGAAAUGUUUGUUGUAAUUUAUUGUUUCGCCAUCCUAACCGACUCAUAAAGAGUGCAGCUAUUGAUCACAACGAAAAAAAAAAUGCGAACCAAGAUGGGCAAAUGACGUAUGAUAGCUUAGUUAACAGUAUGAAGGAAAAAGAUUUCAGAAGGAACGCCUCCACCUUUUUAACUGGAAACGGGAUUGAAGUGCAUCGCAAAUAUGAUGUGACGCAACAGACGGAAACAGAAACCUGGCAAUUUUUGGAACAAGGGAUUUUGAUUUGUUUUUUUUUUUUUAAAUAAUAGCAUAAUGUUGUCUUUCUAGUUUCCCCAAUAUAGUGACGGCUAUAAAAUACAC